AUGUCGUCUCCACCCACAAAGCCCUUCCCUUUCCUCUCCCUCCCCCCCGAAGUCCGCAACAAAGUCUACUCGCACCUCCUCCCCGAAUCCAUCGGCCUCUUCCUCAACAGCCCCAACAAGCCCAAUGACGCACCCCCGCUCGACCUCGCGACCACCCACCUUUCCAGCCCCUCCGCAGCCUUUACCGACAGCCCUCUGACCUACACCAUCUGCGACUGGCGCUACCGCCACACCCCCCGCUACCUCACCAACGCGACCCGCCCGCCCGUGCGCGAACUCGCCAUGACCUGCCGCCUCGCGCACUCCGAGCUCCUCCCCACACUGCUCUCGCGACUGCACCUGCGCUGCGAGUCCGUCGCGCAAGCCUGCGUUUUCGCGGCGCGCGUGGGUCCCAGCCUCGCAGCCGAGAUCCGCGAACUCACCGUGCGGGCGCCCUUCACCAGCCUCGUGCCGGCCGAUACGUGGCUGGAGGCUGACGAGGCCAGCAAGGAGGCCGCGGGCAGGGAGGUUCUGGGCUGGGUGCGCGUGCUGGCGCGUUUCGUGCCCGGUGUGCGGGUCCUGACGCUGCACGACGUGCCGAGGAAUCCGGAGAGGCGGGAGGAGUGGGGCACGGUCUGGGAUCCGUGGCAGCUGCCGGUGUUGAAGGAGGUGGAGAGGGCGUGGGAGGGGUUGGUGCCGACGACGGGGCGGCAGUCGGGGUGGAGGGGUGGGAGUGUCGUGGUGUGGAAGAUGGAGGCGGAUUUGGUCGAGGCGGAGAAGGGGAAGCCGCGGAAGCAGGAGGGGGAUCCGUUGGGGGAUGGAGAAGUGAGGUUUAUGGAUUUUGGGGCUGAGUGGAUGGCGUAUCUGCGGGAUCAGGAUGGGGGACGGGAUGCUGCUGCUGCGGGUGGGGAAGCCAGCAACUUGUCAAGGCGUGAAAGAGUUGUGCGUCAGCCUUGGGGGUGA